AUGUGUGCCCAGCCUCACUCUGAAGUAGUAGAAACCUACGAGGAUGCAAAGAGUAACGUCCUUAUUGCAGAUUUAGAUACAGCAAAGCUCAAAUUUAUCGAUGGAACGUACAAAGGAGAAAGAUCAAAAUCAUUGAAAAUGGGUCACGAUUUCUACGAGCAGAUCAUGACGGUAAUCAAGAAUGCCAAGCCAACAUGUGGCAAGCUUGACAACUAUCCAAAUGGCCCCGCCAAGGCUGAACUUGUUGAGAUUGCUACUGGCUCCAACGGUCGAGUGUUCUCGGAGAAGUAUCUUUCCGAUGCUUUGAAGUUGGACGAAACUCAGAAGGAGCUGAUGGCAGCUUCUCACAAGUAUGCCCUUGAAAAUCUUCCGGAAAAUGCUCCGAAGGGGUUGUAUCUGGGAACCGGAAUUGCUUACGUAGGAGGAGGAAAAUUUAACUGGAUGGUCCUUCUCUCACUCAGACAAUUGAGAGCUCGCGGAUGUGAACUCCCAGUGGAGAUCUUUAUUCCAUCCUUGGAAGAGUUCGAACUUGAGCUUUGUUCCGCGAUUUUCCCUCUCUUGAAUGCUCGCUGUGUCCAUAUCCCUACUGCUCUUUACAAAGAGAACGAGAGUCCCGAUUCACUCAAGUUUGGAGGUUACCAGUUCAAAUGUUUAGCUAUUAUGCUUUCAAGUUUCGAGAAUGUUCUUUUAUUGGACAGUGACAACAUCCCUGCGCACUCCCCUGAAGCUAUUUUUACCAAUGAACCAUAUCUUAGUAAAGGGUUGAUUGUAUGGCCAGAUUAUUGGCACCGUACGACGUCUCCUGACUACUACUCUAUUGCGGGCAUUGAAAUCAGUAGGACGAAGGUGCUUCCAAAGUUUCACGAGAAGCCCGGUGAACGGAUUGAUCAGGAUCAGCCUGGAGAAAACUUUGACUGGGAGAACUAUCCAUACCAUGAGCGUGAAGGAGCAAUUCCUGACCCGUCUACGGAGUCGGGCCAGUUGGUUUUAAACAAGAAAACUCACAUGAAAUCUCUUCUUCUUGCCUUGUACUACAACCUGUAUGGUCCCGAUUACUAUUACCCAUUGUUGUCUCAGGGUGGAUCGGGUGAAGGAGAUAAGGAGACAUUUUUAGCAGCCGCUGUGGUAACACAUAAACCGUUCUACCAGAUAAUGAAAUUCUUGGGUGCAUUGGGAAAUAUUCGUGAUGGUAAUUUCAACGGAAAUGGAAUGGGCCAACAUGACCCAGUUCAAGACUACAAAUGGUCUGUGGAGAGACAUAAACUACGGAAGUCGUUGAAGGGUGCAGAUUUUGAAGCUGCGGUGAGCCAACUUAAGGAGCCAGGAUUACUUUUUAUUCAUGCGAACCAUCCCAAACUUGAUCCUUGGGAUUUGGUCAAAGAACAUCAGAUCAUCCAAGAUAAUGGAGAGAGAUUAAGGCUCUAUGGUUGGGAUUUGAAGGAUAGAGUCGGAAGUGACAUCGAGCUCGACCUCUGGAACUACAUGGACCAGCUUUUGUGUGACUGGAAGAUUAAAAUUGAUCACUACAGUGAAGUUGACCGGUCGGAGCUUUGUAAUGAAGUCAGGGCCCACCGAGAUUGGUUACUUUCAACAGCAAAGAAAGACUGA